AUGUUUGGACGGAAGGAGAAGCUAAGCCCAAGGUUCAUUGGGCCAUAUUGGGUUGUGAGGCGGAUUGGGCCAAUCACUUAUCAGCUAGAAUUACCUUCUGAGCUAAGCCAAAUCCACAACGUUUUUCAUGUUUCCAUGCUAAGGCAGUAUCGCUCAGAUCCUUCACAUGUCGUGGUGGUUGAGGAAAUCGAUGUUAGGGUAGACCUAACUUUCGAGGAGAAGCCCAUACAAAUAAUUGGACAUGAAGUUAAGGUAUUAAGGAGGAAGCCCGUUCCAUUAGUCAAAGUGAUGUGGCAUAAUCACAAGGCCGAGGAGGCUACCUGGGAACCUGAGGAGGCAAUGCGACAUCAAUACCCUCAACUCUUUGGAUCAGGGAUUAGUACUGAAUCUCAGUCUUUUGGAUCUUUACCGAUUUGCUCCUUAGGUGUUGGGACUUUGGUCUGGGAAGUACUCGCGAUUAGUGAUCAAGAAAAGCUAUUAAGGCUUGGAGUUUCAGGUAAGGUUAAGGUUCGUGGCUAG